GAAAGAAUAAUGUUUCGCUGCCUUUGAUUACAUAUGUUAAUUAACAUCGAAUACAGUAUUUCAACGUGCAGAAAUGAUUGUGACAUAAUUUUAUUCAUUUUUUAAAAUAUUGGCCAGAUCGUGUAUAUUCGAUAGGAAGUUCCGAUCCAUCAUUAUGAGGGGGGCAACACCAGAGUUGCUGUCCUUACUACAGCGAAACCCAGCAAACAUACGUAACAUUUGCAUCUUGGCACAUGUUGAUCAUGGUAAAACCACCUUGGCUGAUGCUCUUGUUGCCAGCAAUGGUAUUAUAUCACAGAGAAUGGCAGGCAAGCUUCGGUACAUGGACAGUCGAGAGGACGAACAGAUACGAGGAAUCACGAUGAAGUCUAGUGCCAUAUCAUUGAUAUACAAUUACAGUAAAGAUGAAUACCUGAUUAAUCUGAUAGAUUCCCCGGGUCACGUGGAUUUCUCCAGUGAGGUGUCCACAGCUGUCCGGCUCUGUGAAGGGGCCAUUGUUGUUGUGGAUGUGGUAGAGGGUGUCUGUCCUCAGACCCAUGCUGUGCUCCGUCAGGCUUUCCUGGAGAACAUUAAACCAGUGCUAGUUUUGAAUAAGAUUGAUCGCCUAAUUGUAGAACUAAAGAUGGAGCCCAUGGAAGCUUUUUAUCAUCUUCAGCAAAUUCUUGAACAGGUAAACUUAGUGACCAACGAGUUGUUCACUGUGGAAGCCAUGGAGAAAUCUGCUGUGGAAGUUGAUGACAAUGGUGGUAACAUGUCACAGAUUCAUGAGUGGACUACUGAUGAAGAUGAAGAAAACAGAAAUAUCUAUUUCUGUCCAGACCAAGGAAAUGUUAUCUUUUCUAGUGCAUACGAUGGCUGGGGCUUCAGCAUAUCUGAUUUUGCUGUGUUGUAUGCCAGUAAGCUUGGCAUCAACCAAGAAGUUCUAAAGAGAACAUUAUGGGGAGAUUUUUAUCUUAAUACCAAAACAAAGAGAAUCAUGAAGGGGGCUCAGAUUAAAGGCAAGAAACCGCUCUUUGUACAGUUUAUUCUGGAGAAUUUGUGGUCGGUGUACGACACAAUAUAUGUCAGAAGAGAUAAGGAGAAAACAGAAAAAAUAAUAACGUCCCUGGGUUUGAAGAUACUCCCUCGUGACAUGCGACACUCGGACAGCCGGGUCCAGCUACAAGCCGUCUGUAGUCAGUGGUUACCAGUCUCUGACGCUGUUCUCAGAGUUGUAGUCAGUAAACUUCCCUCGCCAUUAGCCAUGUCAGAAGAGAGGGUGGAGAAACUGAUGUGUUCUCACAUGAGGAAGUUUGAAUCACUGCCUUCAGAGACCCAGAGUCUAAAGCAAUCUUUCUUAACCUGCUCUGCUUCAGAAGAAUCUCCUGUAAUUGUGUUUGUAUCUAAGAUGUUGCCAGUGGACAAAAAACUGCUCCCUCAAAACAAGCAAAGACCUUUAACAGCAGCUGAGGCAGCUGAGAGAAGACGGAAAGCCAGAGAAAAAAUGGCAGAGAAGUUGGCAACUCAAAACAAGGAGCAGACGACAACUGAAGCAAAUACUCUGCAUGGAGAGUCUUACGAAAUCUCCCUCCCAGAGAAUGACACUGACAGUGAGGAGAAGGGGCCUGACUUUGUGUUCAUUGCAUUUGCACGGGUAUUUAGUGGAACCGUCAGAAAGGGACAGAAACUCUAUGUUCUCGGGCCCAAACAUGACCCUGCAUUGAUAUCCAGAAAGUUACAGAGUGGCGAGGAAAUAAAAGAAGCCACAAGUAUCCAGGAGUUGUCACAUGAUGAUCAUGUGACCUGUGUUACUAUCAAAGAUCUGUUUGUGCUCAUGGGAAGGGAACUGGAGGAGAUGGACCACAUUCCAGCAGGAAACAUAUUAGGAAUCAGGGGCUUGGAGGACCACAUCCUGAAGUCUGCAACUGUGUCUAGUUCCCUCAUGUGUCCAACUUUUUGUGAUCUGUACUUUGAUGCAGCUCCCAUUGUCAGAGUAGCCAUAGAACCCAUUCAUACUCGUGACAUGCAGAAUCUGGUUACAGGUCUCAAAUUAUUGAACCAGGCUGACCCCUGUGUACAGGUUCUGGUUCAGGAGACAGGUGAACAUGUGAUCAUAACAGCUGGAGAGGUUCACCUUCAGAGAUGUGUGGAGGACAUAAAAGAAAGGUAUGCCAAGAUAGAUAUUAAUGUGUCCUCACCUAUAGUCCCAUUCCGAGAAACCAUUGUCCCCCCACCCAAACUGGACAUGGUAAACGAAGCAAUUUCUGACCGGCGCCAGGUCCUGAACAAGAAAGAUAGCGAGGAUGAGGAGGUGAUAGAAGUGGGCCUAGUGGAGGUGACCACGAUCAACAGGAGGUGCACUCUCAGGAUCAGGGCGGUGCCUCUACCCGACGACAUCACGAGGCUGCUAGAGGAGAAUCAGAAUCUGAUAAAAACGAUGGGUCAGAUCUCAAAGUCCCAAGGGAAAGGGAAGGGUUGGCUGGAAGUCCACCAAAAUGUGAUAGACUCCAUUCGAGAAUUUAAAUGUCAGCUAAACAAAGUAUUCAAGGGCAGUGGAAAGAUGUGGAGGGAUGCAGAAAAUCAGAUGUGGUCUUUUGGACCCAAGAGAGUUGGUCCUAAUGUACUGCUUAAUCGUGUGAAGGGAUAUGACAGAGCCAAUGUAUGGGACUGUGUGGAGACCAAACAACAGGAGCUGAAGCUCAGACAAUACGAUAACAGCAUAAUCAGUGGAUUUCAGAUCGCUACUCUGGCUGGACCUUUAUGUGAGGAGCCCCUUCGGGGAGUAUGUUUCAUUAUUGAAGAAUGGGACUAUAUAAGAAGCAGUAAUUCUAUAUCUUACGAUGAGGACGUUCAGAAGUUGGAAGUGACUGAUUUAAAUUCCUGUGAUAAUACUAUGUCAGAGAGUCCGAGUGAUGUAGUGUCAAGUGAAACUGUCCAGGAUGGGGAUGACACCGAGUCUGAGACCAAAUCUUCAGACAGUGAAAGUGAGCCCUCUGAGCAGAGACAGAGGAUGGGGCAUAGUCACAUGUCAGGUCAGCUGAUAUACUGUGUUAAGGCAGCCUGCCGAAAAGCAUUCCAGACUCAGCCACAAAGACUUAUGGUAGCCAUGUACAAGUGUAACAUUCAGGCCACAGCAGAGGUCUUAGGAAAACUGUGUGGUGUUUUGGGGAAGAGGUAUGGCCGAGUGAUUGAGGACACCAUGAAAGAGGGAUCUCAAAUUUUUAACAUUAAGGCGGUGCUGCCAGUGGUGGAGAGUUUUGGUUUCACUGAGGAUAUGAGGAAAAAGACGAGUGGACUGGCCAGCCCCCAGCUGGUGUUUAGUCAUUGGGAGGUGGUGGAUGUUGACCCUUUUUGGGUCCCCACAACAGAGGAGGAGUAUGCUCAUUUUGGAGAGAAAGCGGACUCAGACAACAGAGCCUUGCAUUAUAUGAACCAGGUCCGCAAACGGAAAGGACUCAAAGUGGAUGAGAAAAUAGUGGAGCAUGCUGAAAAGCAAAGGACACUCACCAAAAUGAAAUAAUUUAAUUGCAAACUGAAAUUUGUCACUGAAAACAAAUUAUUAAUUGUUGACAGGCUUAUACACUUGUACCUUUUAUUGUUCAGCUCAUCACUGCAUCAGUUUUACAUAUUAAAAAAUUAAACAAUA